AUGGCUUCAUUUUCAGGCUGGAGGAGGACGGCCUUGUAUCUCACUAUCCUCAUCACGACCAUCCUGAUCUUUCUUAUUGUGUUACUCUUCUUGUCCCGGUUUCACUUUGGAAAAAAUGAUUCAUCAACCUUCGACGACGACAUCGACCCGGAGUGGCUAAAGGAUACUCCAUUUUCGUACAAAACUGCACCUGACCCAGAAAAAGAUACACUGGGCCUGGGUAUUUUAUACAAAGGGGACUGUACAAAGUCAUCUGAAAUCAACUUAUGGAUUCAUUUGGCUAUUAAUAUCAUUGGCACCGGUAUUUUAGCUUCAUCCAAUUUCUUUAUGCAAAGCCUAGUUGCACCUGUACGGGCUGAAGUCGAUGCUGCCCACAAAUCGGGGUACUGGCUUGAAAUUGGCGUCCCAUCGAUUAGGAAUUUCCGUUUCCUUAAACGACGCAACGUUUUCUUUUGGUCGCUCUUUUGUCUCAGUUCAAUACCGCUACAACUCAUCCUUAACGGUGUCGUCCUUGAGGCAAAGAGUAUCAAUGGCGCCACACUCGUUCUAGGCUCCAACGAACUAGUCAAGGGUGGCUGGCAUGACCGAGUCCCAAUUUCCGUAAUGGGUAAUGAUCCGCUGAGCGUUGCACGGCAUAAUCUUUGGGAUAUCAGCAAGUCCUUGGCCGCUACCGAAACUCGAGGCUACUGGGAGAAGCUUGCAUUCAAAGACUGUAUGGAACGAUAUAAUAACCCGGAUGUACCUCUUACGCAAUACCGACACGUAAUUUUUAUUAUGUAUGAUUAUGACGAUCUUAAUCUUACAUCGACAAAGGGAUGGAAGCCUGUGGAUGUGAAGAAGGAUACGAACAAUCUCAAAGAUAUCAACAAAAUCAAUCCGGUAUGGGGAUAUAACACAAUGAUUUAUACGGAGUUGUUUGGGGAUCCUAUCCAGACAACCAAAGUUCAGCCAUUUCCACUUUCGCACUAUGACGUGGCACCGAAAUGGAUUUCCAAUGUGUGGCAAAUUGAAGACACCACGAAUGUCUUUGAUCCUGUAUCUGGGGUAUUUAUCACGGAUCCUAGGUAUUUUAAGGACGGACAUCGAGUCCUGCAGGUCGACCACUGUCUAUCGGAGAGAUUUACGGCGCCAUGUCAAGUCCGCAUUGCCAACAGCCUUCUGCUUAUUGUUUGUGUUAUGUGCGCUAUUAAGUGCGUAUUAUGCGUCUUGGUACUCAAACUCAGGGGCGAUGAGAAGCCUUUAAUAACUCCUGGAGAUGCCAUCGCCUCAUUUAUCGCAAGACCCGAUGAAGAGACCAAAGGAAUGUGCACAUUAAAUAUCACAGAUUUGAAGAGAAAUACCAUAAAAGGGACCAGAGGGGUUGGAGACACCAAUCGAACUCAGAAGUGGUUGCAGAGCCCAAGACAAUGGCACGUCGAUGCAACUACAAGGCGAUUUCGGAAUGCCGUACCUCGACUUAUCUGGUUGGUUACAUUUGUUCUCAUCGGGAGCGCUCUUAUUACGGCUAUGUCUAUGCUGAUUGUCGCUGCAUCAGACCAACCUCUCAACGACUCCCAUUUUAGACGCACGCGCCAUACGUCUGAAGUAGCUGCUCACACCUUCGGAAGAUCCUCGCUUGUAACACUGACCGUGGUGGCUAACUUACCACAACUAGUACUAUCUUUCUGCUACUUCACUUACAAUGGCCUUUUAACUCGAAUUUUGUCUGAACUUGAAUGGUCAAAAUACAGUAUUAAGCAUCGAGCGUUGCGCGUUACUGAGCCUAAGGGGGAACAGAGCUCCACAUAUCGUCUUCAAUUACCCUAUCGCUUCUCAGUGCCAUUAAUUAUCAUCAGUACUCUACUCCAUUGGAUAUACUCUAGCUGUAUCUAUGUCAGCAAAUAUCACGACUUUAGCCCAACUUAUCCUUAUAACAUCAUGUCCUCACUUGGUUUACAAUUCUCCACAAAAGCAAUUCUUAUAGGGUUAUGUGUAAGCCUGGGAGCUGCUAUCGUACCUGUGGUCCUGGCCCAACUAAAACUACCAGGCACCAUGGUAAUUGCAGGAGGAAACUCCGCAGUCAUCUCAGCCGCCUGCCAUUACCCCUCAACAAAACUUCGGCCUAUCGUCUCCUCAAGAUCCAGUUGGCAGUAUGAUAGUACGAGUGUUCGGUUAAUGGCCAAUCAAGAGCUGGAAGAGCUCGAAGAGCUCCAGGAAGUGGCAAGAAAGAAGCUCAAGUGGGGAGUGUUGGUUACAGGUAACAGUAAAGAAAGCUUGGUUGGUCAUUUGGGUUUUGGUACAAAGGACUCUGACGUUGGGAAACCUACCGAAGGCGAGUACUAUAGUGGGCUGUGA